AGAAACCGAUGAGUAUGAUACCACAAACAGUACGUUGUCCAGAUGGUAAAGAAGAUUGGAUUCUUGGUGAAACACAUUGUUAUCAUUUAGUUAGUAAUACAUCAAUGUUCAGUUCAGGCUUUAAAGCAGAUCAUGACUGUUUCAAGGUAAGUGUCAAAGUAUGCUAA